AUGUCGAGUUGGGAAAAUGUCACAGGGGAGGCUUUAAAAUACUUUCCCCCAGCACCUCAAACCAAGGACAUAGCCUUGGGCAAUUUGCAUACUGGGAGAGCUAAAACAACACAUCAAUCAGAGCCCCACAGAGUCCCUUCUUUAACUGCUUGUUUUUUCUCCAUCUUCUUCAAGUAUGAGACUCUAACUCGAGCUGAGCCUACAAGACCAGCAGCUGAUUUCUGGGAGGAGAGUCCUGAUCCAGGGCUUGGAGUUCUUACCGUGGCCACUGUGACAGUCAACUUUAACCUCACUGACAAUUAUGAGGACCUUCUAGGAGAAGAGUAUGUGAUCAGCGAGGACACUGACCUGGAUGACAAUGUCACAUAUCAGAUUUAUGAUGAAAGACUUGACUACAGCAAUAGGGACUAUGAAGACUACUACGACCGAAGGGAUACUAGUGAGAGAUUUGAUCCUGCCGAGCGCAUCGAAGCCACUGCCCAGAUCCCCCAGGAAACUAAUCUGAAGGGACAAAAAGGGGAGCCGGCAGUCCUAGAUCCUGGCACUCGUUUUGUGGGGCCAUCUGGAUACCCAGGUCCAGUGGGUGAGCCAGGCCCUACGGGACAAGCAGGGCCUCCAGGAUUUCCAGGGGAUCCUGGUGAGCGGGGACCACCAGGGUUCACAGGUAUUCCAGGAGCUGAUGGCAUUCGUGGACCUCCUGGGAUGAUGAUUAUGUUACCGUUUCAGUUUGGUGGUGACUCUUCCAAAGGCCCUUCAGUUUCUUUUCAGGAAGCCCAGGCUCAGGCAAUUUUGCAGCAAGCCAAGCUGGCUAUGAGGGGUCCACCUGGUGCUAUGGGUCUCACAGGCCGACCGGGACUGCUGGGUCUGCCGGGGAAUUCAGGAUUGAAAGGAGAUGCAGGUGACGCAGGACCACAGGGUCCCCUUGAUAAUUUCAGUCAGUUGGACCCCAGGGAAAAACUGGGGUCGCCAGGAGCUGGAUGGCUUCAGAGAGGGCUCUCGGGGAAACUGACCAAAGGUCUUUAUCAUUAUUCAGGGGUGGCAUUGAUGUGGGAGGGAGAGGACAUUCUUGAGAUUCCUAAUGAGGCUUCUUCAGGUGACCGGGGCUUUGAUGGACUCCCGGGACUUCCUGGUGAGAAGGGGCACAAAGGAGAAUUAGGGAAGCCAGGCUCACCUGGAGCUCCUGGUGAGAAUGGAGCUAAGAUUUGGGGCAUGCAGGAAGAGAAGGCUCAGAUGGUAUAUCAGGCCGGAGGACAGUCCCGGGAAUCUGGGCUGCGUGGUUUGCCUGGUUUGCGAGGCCCCCCUGGUCCCCCCGGCCCGCCGGGUGCCAGUGGUAUCGAUGGGGCCCCUGGACCCAAAGGCAAUUUGGGCAUACAAGGUGAACCUGGUCCCCCAGGACAACAGGGAAAUCCUGGAUCUCAGGGUCUACCUGGUCCUCAAGGUCCUGUUGGGCUUCCAGGCGACAAGGGUCCAUCAGGAAAACCUGGAAUUCCAGGACUGGCUGGUGUGGAUGGACCCCCAGGUCACCCAGGAAGAGAAGGACCACCUGGUGAGAAAGGAGCCCAGGGUCCCUCUGGUGCAGCAGGACCUGUUGGCUAUCCAGGCUCCCGUGGAGUCAAGGGGGCCUUUGGAGUGAGGGGCCUGAAAGGAAGCAAAGGUGAGAAGGGAGAAGAUGGAUUUCCUGGCUUCAAGGGUGACAUGGGACCAAAGGGUGACCGGGGUGAUGGUGGCUCACUGGGGUCACGUGGUGAGGAUGGCCCCGAGGGACUGAAAGGGCAAGCAGGUCCUAUAGGGGAAUCAGGCCCUCCUGGCCAAGCUGGUGAAAAGGGCAAGUUGGGUGUCCCGGGAUUGCCAGGGUCCACCCCUACCGGCCAUGUAAGGACCCGAAGGGCUCGACUGGAUUUCCUGGGCCACUGGGCCUCAUCGGAGAGAAAAGGCAAGAGGGGUAAAGCAGGUCAGGCUGGACAGUCUGGGCAACGUGGUCCCACAGGUCUUCCAGGUGAGCGUGGUUUGCCAGGGCCCACAGGAAAACCAGGAUCAAAGGGUGAUGCUGGCCAUGACGGGGCCCCUGGAAUUGUAGGGGAAAAGGGACCUCCUGGACCGCAGGGUUCCCGUGGAUUCCCAGGAUCCAAGGGACCACCUGGCCCUGCCGGGAAGGAUGGCUUGCCCGGACAUCCAGGCCAACGUGGAGAGCUGGGAUUCCAUGGCAAAACUGGCCCACCAGGGUCUGCAGGGGUCGUGGGACCACAGGGAAACUCAGGAGAAACUGGCCCUAUGGGGGAGAGAGGCCACCCAGGCUCACCUGGUCCUCCUGGAGAACAAGGACUGCCAGGUGCUGCUGGCAGGGAAGGUGCUAAGGGUGACCCUGGCCCCAGUGGCAUUCCUGGCAAAAAUGGCCCACCUGGCUUAAGAGGUUUCACUGGGGCUCGAGGACCCGCUGGAGAGAUUGGGCCAACUGGACUGAAGGGAGCAGAAGGGCCACCCGGCCCUCCAGGCCCCACAGGUGCCCCUGGUGAGCGAGGCCCCUCAGGAGCAGCUGGGGGCAUCGGACUUCCAGGACGCGGGGGUAAUCCUGGACCUGUGGGCCCUGCAGGGGAGAAAGGGGCACCGGGUGAGCGUGGCCCAAUGGGCCCAGCUGGCCAUGAUGGAAUCCUUGGUUCGGUGGGCCUUCCUGGCCCAGCCGGACCACCAGGACUUGCUGGAGAAGAUGGUGACAAGGGGGAGAUGGGUGGCCCAGGUCAGAAAGGAAGCAAAGGGGACAAGGGGGAAGCGGGUCCGCCCGGGCCUACUGGAAUCCAAGGACCUAUCGGGCAUCCUGGCCCUUCUGGAGUGGAUGGGGUGCCUGGGCGCCGAGGGCAGCAGGGCAUGUUUGGCCAGAAAGGAGAUGAGGGAGCCCGUGGAUUCCCCGGAACCAGUGGCCCAUCUGGUUUACAGGGAAUGCCAGGCCCCCCAGGAGAAAAGGGCGAGAGCGGUGAUGUUGGCCCAAUGGGCCCACCCGGAGCUCCAGGACCUCGAGGCCCACAGGGUCCAAUUGGAGGGGAUGGCCCACAAGGACAACCAGGUGGCAUAGGGCAGCCUGGUCCUGUUGGGGAGAAGGGUGAACCAGGUGAAGCUGGGGAUCCUGGACCCCCCGGGGAACCAGGCACGCCGGGGGUGAAAGGCUAUGAAGGUGAAAAAGGAGAUUCUGGCCCAACAGGGGCUGCAGGCUCUCCUGGCAAGAAGGGUCCCCCAGGGGAAGAUGGGGCCAAAGGGAAUCUGGGCCCAAUAGGCUUUCCCGGUGACCCCGGCCCAUCCGGUGAUCCUGGUCCUCCAGGUCUUGAUGGUGCUCUUGGUGAGAAAGGUGACAUGGGGGAUCCUGGACUGUCAGGACCCCCAGGAGCUUCUGGGGAGCCAGGUCCUCAUGGAUCACCUGGGAAGAGGGGACUUCCUGGGCCCAUGGGCCAUGAAGGCCGACAGGGUGAGAAAGGGGUCAAGGGGGAGCCUGGCACAGAAGGGCCUUCAGGAAAAGUGGGCCCCAUGGGCCCCCAGGGGCCUCCAGGCCGAUCUGGCUCAGAAGGUCUACGUGGGAUUCAUGGCCCAGCAGGUGAACAAGGGCUGCUGGGAGCACCAGGUCAGACUGGUCCACCAGGACCCUUGGGCCCCACCGGACUUCCGGGCCUCAAAGGUGAUCCUGGGUACAAGGGAGAAAAGGGCCAUGCCGGACUCAUUGGGUUGAUCGGCCUCCCAGACCCCACGUGGAGUUUGGCAACCCAGAGAUCUCUGAUGGUCAAUAUCAACUACACCUUGAUUGGCAGCAGCUCUUCAGAAGUACAGGUAGAGGUCUUCGAUAUCUCUUCUUACCUGAUCCUUUCAAAAGGAGACACUGGGGGUUGA